AUGACAUCCAUACAUUACAGAAGCGGUUCGGCCACCGACCGUCGCAGUUCACAUCUUCCUAACGGCCCCUCUCGAGUCAGCUCGACCAGAGCCAGAGAUUAUGAGAGACCCUCAGUCCGCGACACUGCAUCACCUAGUGUCGCUGAUUCUCAUGCCGAGCAACCAGACAUUGCGCACAAACAUUCAAAGAGCGAGCCUCGAUUUAGUGGCGUAGAACGACGGAAAGAGAAGACUACCAUCACGACCACAGAUACGGUCUACACGAGACGUAGCCCGAAGAAAGAAGGACCCAAUGCCGAAAAUAAGCGGAGGAGUGUAGCGAGCCCUGUGCUGAAGCGUCAUGUUCAAGAGGAAGAGAUGGUACCAUGGAAUCCCUCCGUCUCCCUGAUGCCUCACUCGUCCGCGCCGCUUGCUGUUCGAAUCAAUGCUCCUCCUUUGUCCCGAGACGCUCCAACCGACCUUGACCCUGUACCCCUGGACAGCAUGACCAUGCAAGAACAAGAACGAGCCAUCCUCGAUGACCUGCUCUAUGUUUUCAUGGGUUAUGAGGGACAAUAUAUUCGUUUCCAUGAGAAAUACAACCCCAAUGAGGAGAAGGAUCGUCUUAAUGGGCCGUCUUUUCAUCCACUUCCAGGUUUGGAUCUGAGUCUCAAUGAUAUGACCAGUUCUAUGCUCUCAAUGGCUACACACUACUGUGCGAUCGAAGCAUUCAUUGAAGUUCAGAGCAGAGAAGAAUUUGGCUCCGUCAAUCAUGCCCUUUGUGCGGCCAUCAGGAAGCUCUUGAAAGAUUACCUCAUUCUAGUCGCACAGCUCGAGAUGAAAGUGUUGAGCGGUGCCGAUUUUACCCUUCAUCAAAUGCACAUAGCUAUCAUUCCGACCACCCACAGUUUGGCACACUUAUAUUCACUGGCACAGGACCUGUUGAAAAAGAACUCAUUACUAGAGGAGGAACUCGAUGACUCCAUCGAUGAUUUUGAUGCAGACAAUAUCAUCGAGCGCCUGAAGGAAGGAGGCGAUCUUCUUCCAGGCAGUCUGAGUAAACAGCGGUGUAUUGGAGGCAAUGUCUUGGGCCUGUUGACAGCUCGACUUUCGGCAUUUUCUGGUGAUCCUGCCGCAAGAGAAAUUCUCGAGAUGCUUCUGAGAGAAUCAAGUAGACCGUAUAUGGUCAUGUUGAAUGAAUGGCUGCAUCAUGGUGGUAUCAAAGACCCGCAUUCGGAAUUCUUGAUUGGAGAGAGAUCCAGCAUUAAGCGUGAACGCCUGGAUGAAGACUAUACUGAUGAAUACUGGGAUAAGCGAUACUACAUACGAGAAAAAGAAGUUCCGCCUCAACUUGAAGCAGUACGGGAGAAAGUACUUCUGGCUGGAAAAUAUCUCAACGUGGUCCGCGAAUGUGGGGGUGUGGACGUUGGUAGCAAGAUCAUCGACACCCCAGCAACAUUCGAUGAUCCACGAUUCCUUGACAACGUCAACAACGCCUAUUCUUUCGCCAAUAAAGACUUGCUUCAUUUGUUGUUAACAAGGAAUUCCCUCAGGAGCAGACUUCGUUCGAUGAAACAUUAUUUCUUUUUAGACAAGGCAGAAUUCUUUCUGUACUUCCUGGAAUUGAGCGAUUCCGAACUUCGUAAGAAAUAUCGGGACGUCAAUGUUGGAAAAUUGCAAUCCCUCUUCGAUUUGGUCUUGCAUCAACCCGGCAGCAUCGCCGUGAGCGAUCCAUUCAAAGAGGAUGUCAAGGUGAAGAUGAACUCUGUGGGCCUAACACAGUGGCUAGUCAAGGUUGUGAAUGUUCAAGGCAUCGAUGAGAAUAAUCCAGAAUCGGCCAUUGACCAGUAUAAAACCCCUGCACCUUCAUCUGCCCAGGAAAAGUUGAAGAAGGAGAAGAAGGAAGAUGAGGAAAAAGAAAUUGCUGGCCACGAGGCAUUGGAACUUGAUUAUACUGUUCCUUUCCCUUUGUCACUCAUCAUUAGCAGGAAGACUGUGGUGCGAUACCAGAUCAUAUUCAGAUAUACGUUGGCACUUCGUCACCUCGAGACGCUGCUAGUGGGCUGCUGGUCGACUCACAGCAAGGACAAAGCAUGGAUUCAUAAAUCCCAGGAUCGGAGGUUCGAGCUUUGGAAGCGUCGAGUCUGGACAUUGCGUUCCCGGAUGCUGGUGUUUGUACAGCAGAUGCUCUUCUUUGCUACUGCUGAAGUACUUGAACCAAAUUGGCAGAAACUCAUGGUCAAGGUUGAUGAUGCUGAGUGGGAUGACCAAGCGGCCGCGAAACCAGGACUCAAUCCCAAGACCAAGCCUACGGUCGACGAACUGAUGCAGGAUCACGUUGACAUGCUCGACACAUGUAUGAAGGAUAUGGGACUGACACAAGCCAAACUUCUCCGUCUCCAUGCAAAGCUAAUGACCGGUUGUGGUAUGUUUGCCGCCUAUGUUGAACACAUCACCAAGACUCUCUAUGAAGCCGAUUCAAGUAUGCAGCAAUCAUCUAGCAAGGGAAAAUCUGCAGCAGCUGCACCCACCGAUCCGGCGAGAAUGAAGCGCCUGGAGGAAUCAAUAAGAAAGUACGAAGAGCAUUUCAAUCGACAUCUGAAAAUUCUGAUUGAUGCGCUCAACUGGUUUGCCACCACGGAGACAGUCUCAUUGCUCAGUCUCUGUGGAAGAUUGACGAAUGCUGAAGUUCAGAAGCGGGAUGAUUUGUUCAUGUGA